GUGAGGUCCAAAGAAGGGGGAAGUUUGGGGCAUAGGAGGCUCGUUCCAGAACUCUGGUAUGGUUUGCUGGAAGCUGGUUCAAUGUCCCUAGCUUCGUUUUGGUUUGUGGGGCUUCGGGAUAUCUCCUCAAGAAUAAAAGAGGGAUUAGCCCAAUGUUAGUUGGAAUUGGGCAAGCCUAAUGGGUCGUUUCGGGAUAAACCUCCCGAGCUCCAUAGCUAAAAGGGAAACGUGAAAAUCUCACAAGUUUGCCCCCUCUAAUAUGAUAUUAGUGGUUUCAGAAGGCAAAAAAAAUUAAGUAAUUCUCUGCUUAUUGUUCAGUCUUCCCUAAGGGUUUUGAAUUUGAUAGAGAUAAGCUUGUCUUGCUAUGGAUGGCAGAAGGUCUUGUCAGGCAACCGAGGAGGCAGAAGAAAAUGGAAGAAGUAGGUGAUGAGUAUUUUCGUGAUCUAUUAUCUAGUUCUUUCUUUCAAAGUCAAGUUGCAAUGAUGAAUUUUUGUUGUGCAUGACCUCAUCAGUGAUUUAGCCCAAUUUGUUCUUGAUUUAGCCGUUGGCUUUUUGCAACACCUGACAGAAAUGGAAGAUUUAGCCAUUGGUGGUUGUGGUGACAUCACCACGUUGUCCAACCAAGCUGGAUUUCAGCACCUGAGUUCUCUUCAAAAGUUGCAGAUAUAUGGUUGUUCAGUAUUAUUAGAGAAUUUACCUCACGAGCUGCACAAACCAUCAUCUCUGACCUUCCUGGAAUUUGAGGGGUGUCCAAGUCUAUAUGGGAUUGCCAACUAUGCUUACACCUAUCACUAUUGAAAUUUGUCAAGCUCUCGAGUGUCUGCCUGAAAGACUGUUGCGUGGCAGCUCUAAUCCUCAGUAUUUGUGCAAUAGUGGGUGUUCAUCUCACACAUCCCCUCCAUAAAGUAUGAUUACAAUAUUGUUUUGUGACCUGCUGGAGAAGAUUAUAAUCUCAUGCUUCAGGUUCCAUUUCCUGCUUUAAUUUACAGAAAUAUGAGAGAAAAUCAAAGCAACUUACGUCGAUUCCUUUUACUUCUCACAGCUUCAUGGCCGUAGUUUUACUUUUUCUUUCUCUCCGAGUGCUGUGAUUUAGUGCUCGCUCCUCCAUUGAUCUGGCCAUGUAACAUGUUUAGCAGUUUAGUUUCAUGAUUGAGAUUUCAUGUCUACAGGUAUUAAAGAUCACUAGAAGUUUCUAAACUAUGAAAGCUUCGAGAUUCUUGCAUUUGCAUCUUAAUUUCAAAGUUAUGAUCUUCAGCUUGAGCCGACCAAAACCAUCAUGACAGGCACAACAAACAGGGCCAAUUGGAACAUAGACAAAGAUGGGUUUGCCUCUACUUACAAUUGAUAUCCAGGCUUGGUGAAGCCCAAUAUCAUCUCAACGAACGAAAAGUCUAAAACCUACCUUGCUAAUUCAACUUGCCCUUGCAAAUUUGCAGGCUAAAAACAUCAUGCAGCAUGCUGCGUCCUUUAUAGAUGCAGGGGAAAUUGAGAUUUCAUUUCAAAUGGCUGGAGACUACAGUCAAUGGACUUUACGCUAAAUAUAUGAAAUAAAGGUGAACGUUAUAUAUAUAUAUAUAUAUAUAUAACACUAUAACAAGAGAUAUAUCGACAUGCCAUAUUUUAUACAUAUACUAAUCAUAAUUAAUACAUCGAUCUACUGAUUGCCUGCCUGCAAUCACUGUAAAUUUGUUGAUAUAGAGCAUUGGCAUGUUUCAUGUGUUGACAUAUAAUGUGAUAUCAAAGACUUGUGGAAUGAUUUGGUGUUUUUUCCAGAAAAUUUACGAGAAUCACUGAAUGCUUUAAUUGACUUAUCCAAUCUCGUUUCGGGAUGAUUUAAUCUUUUUAGAACACUCUCCUUUCUAAAAUUUUCAUGUUUAUUCCAUGUUGUGGAAAUGUUAAUUCGAUAGGCCUAUAAUUUAAAACCCGGCCUAAUUCAAAAGCUUAAGAAGAUUAGAUUUGUUGAUUCAAAACUUGAACUAAAUUAUUUUUUUAUUUUUCUAAAACAGAUUUAAACUUGAAUUACUUAGCAGAUUAUUUGAUAACUUAAUUAAUCCAAUCAAAAUUCGAGUUAACUUUAUUUAUCAUUUCACCUUUAUUUUUUUUCAAAAUAAUAUUAUUUUGAUAUUUAUUUAAAAAAAUUUUAUUUUAAAGUAAUCUUGUAUUGACUUAUCAAUCUUAUUUUUAGUUGAGUAAAAUUCUAAACUAGAUUUAAAUGGUGUUUAAAAAUGUGGUUGAAAUCAUGUUUUUUUUUAAAAAAUUAAAAAUUAUUUUUUAUAUUGUUUUUUUGAUAUACUAAUGUUAAAAAUAAUUUUUAAAAAUAAAAAAAUAUUAUUUUAAUAUAUUUUUAAACAUAAAAUAUUUAAUGUUUUUUACAUGAAUAACCCUACAUGCAUUUCUGCUUUCUCAGCCUAGAAAGGAUACAUGACAACAAGCUACUAACAAAUUUGGCAGCAAAUGACGCCACAAGACCGUGCCAGCUACACGAACCGAGAAAAACAGUAGAGUUUAGUUUAUUAACCAUGUGAAACCGGUUCGGUUUGGUGGCUUGAAAUCCUUUGUCAAACCAACCAACCUUAAUUGAAAAGGUCGUACUCCUUUCAUUUUCAAAAACCCUCUCUAAUCUUAUCUACUUCCUUAACCAGACAUCUUGAAGCCUCGAAAAGCUCCUGUCCUGAAUCAACCUGUGUCCGAAACAGUAUGGAAGUCAAGCACAGGACAGCGCGCUCACUAGUUAAAAAACUAGGUUCUGUGUCCGAGAUAACACGGUCAGAAGCCUUAGCUGAACUUCGCUUAAUGACCAAAAACGAUGCGGAAUCACGGCUGAUAAUUGCCGAAGCCGGUGCCAUCCCGUAUCUAGCCGAAACCCUUUAUUCUUCUUCUCACGACUCACAAGAUAACGCAGCUGCUACUCUCUUGAACAUCUCUAUUUCUUCACGCGCCCCCUUGAUGUCAACGCGCGGCCUUCUUGACGCGAUCUCUCAUGUCCUCCGCCACCAUGCCACCAAUUCUUCACCCUCAGCUGUCCAAUCAUCUGCUGCUACGUUGUACAGCCUUCUUGUUGAUGAUUCUUACCGAUCCAUUAUCGGGGCUAAGCGUGAUAUUGCUUAUUCCUUGAUUGAAAUAAUCAAGAGGCCUAAUUCGCCGCCGAGGUCUAUAAAGGAUGCGCUGAAAGCCCUUUUUGGGAUUGCUUUGUUUCCGUUGAAUCGGGCUGGUUUGAUUGAUUUAGGUGCGGCGGGGGCGUUGUUUUCGCUGGUUUUGAAGGAUGGGAGAGUGGGUAUUGUGGAGGAUACGACGGCGGUGAUUGCGCAAAUUGCAGGGUGUGAGGAGAGUGAGAGCGCAUUUUGGAAGGUUUCGGGGGUUAAGGUUUUGGAGGACUUGUUGGAUGUUGGGACGGGUUCGAGCGAGAGGACAAAGGAGAAUGCGGUUGGGGCAUUGUUGAAUUUGGUGAGGUGUGGAGGGGGAGGAGUGAUGAGGGAGGUGAAGGAAAUGAGACCGGGCGCAGUGGAGGGGAUCAAGGAUGUGAGGGAGAAUGGGACCGCGAAAGGGAAGAGCAAAGCGAUUGCAUUGUUGAAAGCUGUUGAGGGUGGAGCAAAGAAAUGGGAUUUCGCGGUUUGAGUCUCUUACUUGAACUUUGAUCUAUAUGAACUAAUGGUUUCUUGGAUUGUAUUUUUAGUUAGUUAUUUACAUAUUUGUUUGUUGUUACUUGUAGAUGGAAAUGUGUAAAUUAGGUGUUGAUUCAUAGUGAUACUUGAAAAGGAACAAAAUGCAGUGAUAGUGGAAGGAUUGUAAGUUAUAUUCUGUUGAGAUUACUCUGGUUUGUGAAUUGUCUAACAGUUAACUUUAAUAAUGAGAAAGACGACAGUUUUCUUGUUUGUA